AUGGCGGUAUUUCUUGCAUUGAAACACUGCCUCCCAGACCUGAGGGACCAUCACGUGUUGGUCCACACGGACAACACGACAGUGGUCUCAUAUAUCAACCAUCAGGGGGGUCUGCGGUCUCGCCGAUUUUGCAACUUGGCCCGUCAGAUCCUCCUAUGCCCUGUCGAGGCAGGGGCCGAGGCCCGGGGAGUGAAGAAUCCACACCGAGGUGGUGGAGCUCAUCUGGAAAAACUUCGGUCAAGCGGAAGUCGACCUAUUUGCUUCGGGAGAUUCAACCCAGUGUCCACUGUGAUACUCCCUAACGCACCCAGCACCUCUGGGUCUGGAUGCCAUGCUACAGACGUGGCCGAGGCUGGAAAAAGUAUGCCAGGAAGGGGUCAGACUAAUACUGGUGGCCCCGUACUGGCCGACCAGGAUAUGUCAUCUAUCAGCUUUGUGCUUCAGUUCCUCCAAGAAAAGUUCUCGGAGGGGUUAUCUCCUUCAACACUGGUUUAUAUAGCAGCCAUUUCGGCCUAUCGUGUUCCUGUAGGGGGUUCCUCAGUGGGUCGAGACCCCCUUGUCAUGCGCUUCCUUCGUGGCACACUGAGGCUGAGGCCUGCAAUGCGUACAAGAACUCCAGCCUGGGACUUGGCUAUAGUGUUAGCGGGGCUAGCUGAGGAUCCCUUCGAACCACUUGAAGAGGUAUCAGAAAAAUUCCUCACUCUGAAAAUGAUAUUUCUUCUGGCAAUCUCAUCUCUUAAAAGGAUAGGAGAUUUACAAGCACUGUCGGUUGCUCCUUCGUAUCUGGAAUUUGCGCCUGGUAUGGUUAAGGCUUUCCUGCACACUAGACCUGGCUACGUGCUGAAGGUCCCCACCAACAUCCCGGGUCCUAUUGUACUCCAGGCUUUCUGUCCUCCUCCUUUUGUAGAUCUGGAUCAUGAGAAACACAAUCUGCUUUGCCCCGUUAGGGCUUUAGAUACAUAUGUCCACAGAGCUGCCCUGUGGCAGAAAACAGACCAGAUGUUUGCGUUUCAUGCUCGCGCUCGAGAGUCGUUAGGAGAAGCUCCAGAGGGUAAACAGUCUGUCUCUAAUGUACCAGUUGCGGCAUUAAUUUGUGAUGCUGCUCUUGAUAGUGAAGAUGAUGGAAUAAUUGUUAGACACACGUACCAACAGUGCGCUAGGUUUAAGAAUUCUGAGGUUUUAGCCGACUUAGAUUCUCACUUACGUCAUUUAACUGCUCCUCAGAGACAUGAUAUUGAAGAGUUGAUUGCUACUUUUCAUUCACUUUUUCAUGAUGUUCCCUCACGUACCACUGUUCUUAGGCAUGACAUCGAUGUCGGUGAUGCUGUCCCUGUGAAGCAGCAUGCACAUCGAGUGAAUGCUUUGAAGCAUUCUGUGAUGAGAGCCGAGGUGGAGUAUUUGUUGGAAAAUGGGCUGGCGAAACCAAGUUGCAGUCCGUGGAGCUCUCCAUGUCUGCUCGUCACUAAGAGUGAUGGCUCUGCCAGAUUCUGUACAGACUAUCGAAAAGUAAAUGCACUGACUGUUCCCAAUUGUUUUCCGUUAACGCACAUGGAGGACUGCGUGGAUACACUUGGCCCAGCGAAAUUUGUCAGUAAACUGGAUUUGUUAAAAGGUUACUGGCAAGUGCCACUAACAGACCACGCUUCGAACAUUUCUGCGUUUGUAACCCCAGAUAACUUCAUGCAAUAUUGUGUAAUGGCAUUCGGCAUGCGCAACGCACCGGCCACAUUUCAGAGGCUUAUUAAUCUUGUACUUACAGGAGUUUCUAACUGUAAUGCUUAUUUGGACGAUCUUGUAAUUUAUUCUACUGAUUGGGCAGAGCACGUUUCGACCCUUCGUGAGGUGUUCACACGGCUCAAGAAUGCUUCUUUAACGUUGGACCUUGCCAAAUGUAAUUUUGGUCAAGCCACAAUCACAUAUUUGGGCAGAGAAGUGGGUCAAGGGCAAGUGAGACCCAUCGAAGCGAAGGUAAGCGCUAUUGUAGAGUUUCCGGUUCCUCUCUCGCAGAAAGAACUGCGCAGGUUCUUGGGGAUGUCUGGUUAUUACCGGAAUUUUUGUAAGAACUUCUCUACAGUUGUUAGCCCACUGACGUCACUCAUCAGUCCUCUGCGUGCAUUUGUGUGGUCUGAUGAAUGUCAGAAUGCUUUCGAUAGCGUCAAAGCUUUGUCAUGUAAUGCUCCUGUUCUUGCAGCCCCGGUAUAUGAAAAAGCUUUCAAAUUGGAGGUUGACGCAAGCUCUGUUGGCGCGGGCGCUGUGGUUAUUCAAGAAGAUACCUGCGGAAUUGACCAUCCUGGACAAAUCAUGGACUCUGUAACAACAGGAGUCUCUCCAGGUCAAUACCUACAAAAUGAAGAGCCUGAAAAACUGAAACAUCUUUUUCACAGACUUCAUCUUGAAGGCAAGCACUACAAUAAACUGAGAACUGCAGAUGUUCUUCAGAUAACUGAACACUCAGUACAUUCCCAUGAGUCUUGUGCUGAGGAGUGGCUUGUUCAGACUUUUCUUCAAAAACUAUUGAUGAUGAACUACAGAGCCAGAUACAUUAAAGUUACAUAUAAAAAUGAACAGGAUCAGAUACAACAAAAACACAGUGAAUCAGCUGAAGACGACAGUGAUAUUUUUGAUGAAAUUUUUGAAAACAAAGCUUUCUCUAUCAAAGGAACAAGUCAUUCUGAGCGAAUACACCCGAUGGAUGUUCAGAUGGCCGUGUUUCAUUGUGCUGAUGGUUUCCUGAAGCAGCUGAUGGUCACUAAACUGUCCCAGUGUCAGUACGCUCUGCCUCUGCUUGUUCCUGAUCCAUUCACACGACAGAUUGAGUUUCCUCUCUGGACAUUCAGACAAAUCCACAAGAGCUGGAAGAUCAGAAACACCAACAAUGAGAUCAUCAGUCAAACCCAGCCGAUCUACAAGGCACAAACUCCAAUGGUGUUUUUCUUCAGGUUUGGCUCUGCGUCUUCUUCCAAAUCUGAGCUGAUGAACAGUGUGAUCAAUGAGAGACACAACACGUUCUUCCACAGGAACUGCCCAGGCAGCAGCAGAACCAGAGUCCUGAUGGAUGGAGUGGUGGAGAUCGCCUGGUUCUGCCCCUCUGGGAAAGACACAGAUAAAUUCAGUGAUUGUGUUUCGUUCUGUAAUCUACAUGGUGAUGCAGGAGACCAUGAGAAACAGCUGCAGAUCCUCACUGAAAUGAGCUCAGUCAAUGUUGUUCUUCUACCCAGACUUCAGAGGAAUGACAAAAGUAUGAUAAAAAUUACACAACUCUACAAGACCUCAAAACCACUCAUUUGUCUUCUUACUGAGGAUGAUUUAACCAUUGUUAAGACAAAGAAAGGGAAAUUCAGCAUCGGCCUGAAAGACAGGAAUCAGUCAGAUGUAUCUGAAGAACUCAGAAGAGCAAUAAAUGAUUGUCUCUCAGGAUCAUCUUCCACUUUCAGACUUGAAGAUGUGUCCAAACACUCAGACAUCAGAGUAGAUGAGGAAAAUGAUGAAGACUGCAGGAGAGGAAGAGCAGCAGCACAGCAGAUGAUGAGUUUACUGAAGAAGAAAGAUCUGACAGAAAUCAAAGAAUCAGUUCUGCCUCAUCAGGGGAAACUGUGGCAUCAGUGGAGUCAGAAGAACAAAGAACUACAUCGACCUCAAGGAGAUGAGAUAGAAAAGAAAAUUAGUGAAAAACAGACAGAAAUGAAAACAAUCCGCCAACAGCAGCAUGAAUCUGACAUCAGUGAGUUCAUGAAGGUCUUUAUUAAACAAAUUAACUCGCAUGCUGCCACAAAGAUGUUUUUUCUCAAAUGGCUCAGAAUCCUCCUGGAUGAACAUACAUCAGCUGAUCUUUCUGCUCUACAUCACAAGUAUAAUGAAAAGUGGUCAACAGUCUUAAAACUGAAAGAGAAUCAUGAUGAAUCUGAGCAACUCAAAGCUGAACAAACUGAACUUGAGAGAAUAUCUGAGGAUCUUCAAGCUGCAACCUUUGGUCUGGAGCACAUCAUGAGGGAGAUCGGUCAGAUCUAUGAAUCAUGUUCAUCUGUGAAGAAGAACAAGAAAGACCUGCAGGUUCACUUCUCUUCUCUCCCGAGUCUUGCAGCAGAGAUGAUGAUCUCUGGAUUUCCACUGGAGCUGAUGGAUGGAGAUGCUGCUCAUGUUCCUGUGAUCUGGAUCUCUGCUGUUCUCGAUCAACUCAUUCAGAAACUGGGAGACCAGAGACUCUUUGUGCUGUCAGUUUUAGGGUUUCAGAGCUCUGGGAAAUCCACCAUGCUGAAUGCCAUGUUUGGACUCGAGUUUGCCGUCAGUGCUGGCAGGUGCACCAGAGGAGCUUUCAUGCAGCUGGUCAGAGUGUCAGACGAGAUGAAAACACAGAUGAACUUUGACUAUAUUCUGGUUGUUGAUACUGAGGGUCUUCAUGCUCUAGAACUGGCUGGAAGAUCAACAAGACAUCAUGACAAUGAAUUGGCCACAUUUGUUGUUGGUCUUGGAAAUCUGACAUUGAUCAACAUCUUUGGAGAAAACCCUUCUGAGAUGCAGGACACCCUUCAGAUUGUUGUUCAGGCAUUCAUGAGGAUGAAGAAGGUCAGACUGAAUCCCAGCUGUGUGUUUGUGCAUCAGAACGUUUCAGACGUCACAGCUGGAGAGAAAAACAUGGAGGGAAGGAGACGAGUGCAGGAGACACUGGAUGAGAUGACAAAACUCGCAGCUAAAGAGGAAGUCUGUGAUGCAGAAUGUUUCAGUGAUGUCAUUAGAUUUGAUGUUCAGAAAGAUGUGAAGUAUUUCACUCAGUUCUGGGAGGGCAGCCCACCCAUGGCACCACCAAACCCAAACUACUGUGAUAAUAUCCAAGAACUGAAGGAAACUAUUGUUAAUCGUUCCUUAAAAUCACAUGGAAUAAUGCUGAUAGACUUAAAAGUUCGUAUUAAAGAUCUCUGGGAGGCUUUACUGAAUGAACGAUUCGUCUUUAGCUUCAGAAAUUCUCUGGAGAUUUCAGCCUACAGGAAACUGGAGACUGAAUACAGCAAGUGGUCCUGGAGUCUUCGCAGUGCCAUGAUGGAAACUGAGAACAAACUACUCAACAAAAUAGAGAAUGAAUCAAUUCAUAAGGUUGAGGAAACUGAUAUUGUUAUAGAACUGAAGAAGUCAAGUGAAGAAGUUGAAAAAUCAAUGUCAGAAUUCUUUGAGAAAGACACAUAUGCAAAUAUACUGAUUCAGUGGGAAACAUCAUUUGGAAUUAAAAUCAAAGAGCUUCAAGAUAAAAUUCUGAAAGAAACACAGAAUAAAUUUAAUGAAAUCAUCCCACAACGAGACCUGAAGACAAAAAUUGAUGCACAUAGAACACAUCAUGAAAACACUCUCUAUGAGAAGAGCAAAGAACUCGCCUUAAAACUCAGAGACAAAAAAAAUGAUGAAGAAACACUGAAGAAAGAGUUUGAUUUGUUUUGGAAACAGAGUGUGAAGAAGAUCAUGACAGACACUCCUGCAAUCAGAGACAUUGAUGUAAUGAGAGAUGUGAGAGAGAUCCUCAGUGAAAUUGUUCCUGUAGAUCACUGCAUGAGGAGCAGAGAUAUAUUCACUGUGUCGAGUUAUUCAGAUUAUAUACAGUUAAAGAAAUCUAGUGGAAUUACAUCAGCUAUUAAAAAUGCUUACAGAUCAAUUAAAGUGAAGUUUGGUUACAUUCUAUCAAGAGAGGAUGAAGCCCAAAUCAGAUCAUUAGUCACAGAUGUUGCUCAGCAGACAGACAGAAUGAUUCAGUCAUUUAACCUCUCAAAGAUGGGCUACAACAUCAGCUGCAUUCAACAACUCACAGAUUACAUCAAGAAGAAAGUAACAGAACAAGAGACAAGACCAGUGAACUAUGAGUUCAAGAAUGAAUUCCUCACAGAUUUGGUUCUUUCCAUCUGUAAGAGAGCAAACAAGAUGAUCACUGACCAACACAGACUGUUCAGAGAAGCCAAUGAUCCUGUAAUAUAUGUUGAGAAGAAGAGAGAAGAGUACUAUAGUAUUUUCCAGAAAUACUGUCAUGGAGAAACAUCAGCUGCUGUUUUUGGUGCAAUCAUCUGUCAGAAACUGAAAGAGUCCAUUGAGCAGAGUGUCUACAAGAAGAUCGCCAGAGAUUUAGCGAAUGAAAUGAGAUCAAACUGUGAAUCACUGAAUGGAAACAGAUCAAAUCUGGAGAAACACAUCCUGAAGACACUGGCAGAAGAGGAGGAUUUUGACAAAUACAUGGACUACAUUCAUAAUCCCAGAGAUCACUUCAAGAGUUUCAUCAGAGAUGAAGUCAGUCGGUACAUCACUGAUAAGUUCAGUGUCAGUGUUUUACCCAAGAUGAAGGAGAACAUUGAACUCCUGCAGCAGAAGAUCAUGAAAGCAGCACAUAAAUCUACUGAACAUGUUCAAGAGAACAGAGGAGAUGUGUAUUUGUGGUUGAAAAUUUUCACACAACAGAUCUCAGAUGUGCUGAUCUUCUCUGAAAAAGACCUCAGAGGAGUGAAACACGAUGGUGUUAAUGUGAAACUCAUUGAAGAAGUGAUAAUAAAAGGACUUGAUGCAAUUACGUCUGAUAUAAGCAUUCAUUUCAAUGACUUUCUGUGGAAGCUGGACUAUAAAGACAGACCAGAUGAGCUUCUGAUUGAUCACUUCUGUCAGUGCUGUUGGGUUCAGUGUCCAUUCUGUAAAGCCACCUGCACCAACACCAUAGAAAACCAUGAUGAAGACCACAGUGUUGCUUUCCACCGUGUUAAUGGAAUAAACGGGUUCUAUUAUGAAGGAACACAUAAUCUUUGUACAGAGUUUUGCUCAACUGCAGUGACAAGUGAUAAAUCUUUUAAAUCAUCAGGUCAAUGGUUUCCAUUUAAGGACUACAGAAGAGCAGGAGGAGUUUAUGCAAACUGGAGCAUCACUCCUGAUCUCUCAGAUUUAUCAUACUGGAAGUGGUUUGUGUGCAGAUUCCAGAAAGAUCUGGAAAAGCAUUACAACAAUUUUUUUCUGGGGAAAGGUGAGAUCCCAGACUGUUGGAGACAAUUCACAAAACAGGAUGCAGUUGACAGUGUAGAUAGAUGCAACAACAACUAAGUUUCCAUGCACUUUUUGCACUAUUCUGUAAAUGUUUGUAAAAUGUGCUGUUUCUAGCCUGGCUUUUUACUAGCUGAUGUCUCUCUCUCUCUCUCUUUCC